GGGCACACUUAAAAAAUGUUCACCUAUAGGUGGAAAGUGAGAGGCGCCACGCAGCACGCUCGGCUCCCCGCCCCCCUCCCCCCUCCUCACAGCCGUUGCGCUCCCUGGGCGGGCGCUACUGCGCAGUCGCAGAAGCCUCUGAGGCAGAGUUCUGUGCGCCUUCCGUUUGGCGCCUCUGUACUGCCGUUGCUUCGUGGAUACCGCCGCCAUCCAGCUGCCGCGCGGACACUGAGCGUAAAGCGCCAGAGCCGGACUCCCUGCCUCACGAUGUCUGAGGAGGAGGAUUUUAUUAUUAUAACUAUUGAAGAUAACAGUGAUGACGAUGAUGAUAUUAAUGUUGUGAUAGUAGAAGAUUCUGAAACAGAACCUACCGAAACAGAACCUACUGAGAACACAUUAUCCGCUGAUGGCAUGUUGACCAUAGAACCGAAUGUUCAAGCCAGCAAUUAUAACUAUCAGCAGCAAUCCCAAGUGACAAAUGGAGAACGUGGUUUACCAGCCCUAGAUGACGUAGCAGUUUCACAAGUGAACCAUCUAGGAAAUAUGAAAAGACACAGCUCGAACUCUGUGGAUGUAGGGCUUCUCCCUUUGCACAAAAGAGGACGAUCAUCUUUAAGGGGGGAUAAUAUGGAGAGCUGUGCAUCUGGAGGUUUCUCUGACGCAAAUCCUCAAAACCAACCUAUGAAACUCCAACACCACUACAAGGCUUUGCAAGAACUUAUUCAAAGCACAAAUAAGCAGGUAGACAACCUUUGUGGAAUUGUUUCAGAAAUGCAACCUCCUUGGGAGAAACCACUGUUGCCAAAUCCUGGAGCCGGAGGCCCAUCUGUAGCAGUGCAGGCCAGGGCCGACCCUGUAGGAACAGCUCUUCAGCCAGCAGUGCUCUCUGAACUGCAGGAGCAGGUGCUCAGGGAAAGUCCACCACUUCCCAAAAUUGUCUCCACAUAUUCAUUACAGCACAGUCUCUCACCAGAGAGCUCAGUUGCUCCUCUUGCCAUGUCCUGCUUUGUCAGUGGAGGAGUGGAAGGUGCCCACAAUUGCUUGGCCGGUCAGCCUCCUCCGGCAGCACCUACAACUGUCCAGCCGCAAGGAGUGCUCCGUGUGGCACACUCGGCCCAUGGCUCCACCCUAUGGGAAGAAAUGCCAGGGAAAGCAGAAGCCAGCCUUGGAAACAGCACUGAGUCAAUACAUUACCCAACUUCAUUGGGAGAUGACAAUGGCCAACAUAAUGUCUCUUCAUCCGUUUUCAUCCAACAUAAUGUCUCUUCAUCCGUUUUCAUCCUUCCCAAUUUUGUGAUAACAGAAACCAACUUGGAAAACAACCCUGGGACAAGAAAUUCUGGAACUUCACUGAGAAAUGGCAGUGACCAAUGUCCUUCAUCUGUCAGCCUUCCACCCAAUUUUGCAGUUGAAAAAUUCAUACUUAUAGAAAUGCCGGAAAAAUCCAAAACCAGCCAGGAAAACAGUUCUGAGACAGUCUAUUACCCAGCUUUAUUGGGAAAUAUCAGUGGCCCAGAUACUGACUCUUCAUCUGCUUUGGUCCCACCCAAUUUUGUUGAAAAAGCUGUACUCGUUGAAAUGCCGGAAGAAGCUGAAACCAGCCUGGAAAACAACCAAUUGAUUGAUCAGACAAUCAAUUACCAAACUUCAUCAGGAAAUGGCCGUGGCCCAAAUCCUGUCUCUUCAUCUCUCUCCAUCCCACCCAAUUCCAGAAUGCUGUUCAAGGCAGAAACCUGCCUGGGAAAUAGCACUCAGCUGGGAAAUUACUCAUCUUUCUUGGAAAAGGACAGUGGUCAAGAAACUUCAGAAUAUUUCUUCAUGCCUUCCAGUUUGGUAUCCAACGCUGAAAUGACUUCUGAGACCAUGAAUCCCCCAACUUUAAUGACAAAUGACAGCAACCAAGAUAUUGAUUCAGAAUCUUUCUUUGUCACUCCUGGUUUUGCACUCUUACCUAUAGAAAUAUUGGUAAGAGCAGAAAGCGGCACGGAAAACGAAACAAUGAAUUACCCAGUUGUGUUGGAAAAUGACAACAGCCAAGAUUCUAUCUCAUCAUCUUGCUGCCCUCCUUCCAGUUUUGGAUAUCUUGGUGAUCCCAGAAGGAAUGUCAGGGUGCUUGAUACUCAUUUGGCGACUGCACAAAAGAAGACCCAUCCUAGGCACGCAGCCCGCUACUUGGUUCCUAUUUUGUUCUCUAAGGAAAUUCUGAUGCACGGCUGGGUAGGUGUCAAUUCCCAAGGCCGUCAACCCCUAGAUCCGAACAAAAUGGCUGCAAUAAGAGAAUAUCUGGCGACAAUUUUUCCCAACCAUGAUUUGCGUGAACGUGGAAGAGACUGGAAAACCUGUAUUGCCGACAUCAAUUCUAUGAUCUACUGUUCAUAUUCUGAAGCCAACACAAUACCACAGACAACUGGUGGCAAUAAGAAACCCUGUACCAAUCCUGACGCACAAAGUUUUGCAGAUCUGAAUGGUAGAAGGGAUGGUGAAGGCAGUAAAAGCAGUUUCCAGUUCUUUCCACAAACCGCUGCCUCAGAGACAAGAGAAAAUGGGGAUUCUCAGCAGAACAGCAGUGCUUGCCCUCAAGGAAUUAGAGAACCUUCCACUGAUAACUUAGUGGUAUCUCAUGAAACAUUGGAAUAUCUUGGAAAUCCAGAUAGAAAUGUACGGUUGCCACAUUCAAUGCUGGAUAUAGCCAAAAGGAAGUCUCGCCCAGAGCUGGCAGCCAGAUACCUUAUUCGCAAUCUGUUCCCAGAGAAAGUCUUGGUAAAAAGUAACGUCUAUGGCAACCUGGGCCAUGGCAUGCGUGCCCUUAACCCCAAUAGGAUCAGCGCUCUUCGAGAGUUUCUCCAAGACAUCUUCCCAAAUUGCAGCCUGUCAGAAGCUGGACAUGACUGGAAGUUGUGUGUGACAGCUAUCAAUGGCUCUAUCCGUAGUCUAAGAUAUGACCUCAAGAAGUCCUUAAACAAAGCAUAGAAGCUUCCGGCAACAGGCCCUCAUUCAAGUACUUUUUUUUACUGUUGUCUCAUCCUGUAUGUUUUUCAAAUUGUCAUUCCACAAUUAGUUUGUAGCAGCAGUGGGCAGUGUACUUCUGUGUUCGCGACUCAAGAAAUAGCCAAUGUUCUUUUUCUGCCCACAGAGCACACAAUUGCAUUAGGAAGAUGUGUAACUUUUCAUCCAAUGAACAAAGUGAUGGGCAGUACUCCCAUAAGAACCUCUGAUUAAAGGAAUGGUAGUUAAUUCCUAAAGGUUGUUUGCAUUGCUAUUUUAAUGUAGAGCACAUUUAAUUUUAAUAGCACAUUUAGCUCCUAAUGACAGAUGGAAUCUGAGCACCAGUGACACAGAUAUAGGUAGACAUAGUUGGUUGGAUAGGAAAACCAUAAUGCCAAGUGUAGGAAUUUGGAGAUAGGAGACAUUCAAUAUUUGUCAAGUGAAUUGUCACUGCAGAUCUAAGAUCUAAGCCCCACUGAUUCAGAAGGGAGGUAUGGUUUACACAUAACCCAAACGCCCAUGUUGGCUUUCUUAUAUAUCCAUCAGUAAGGGAUUCAUAGGAUUGACAUCCUAUUGUUUGAUGCAAGCUUUCCAGGGUGAGACCUAUGUUUUUUUUUUUAUUUACUCCUGAUAAAAACAGCAUCUUUUUAAUGACUUCCUGAUAAUAUUUUAUCACAGCAGUUUUCUAAGAGUCAACAUAGAAAAUCACGUCAGGAGGCUUUUUGUUCCAUUGAAGUAAUUCAAAUUUAAGAAUGUAUCUCUCUGAAUAAAAAUAAUCUGCCCAGA